AUGAAUUAUGUGACAAACCUCUCGAAGGAGAGAAAGAAGAUGAAUUAUUUGACAAACUUCUUGAAGGAGAGAAAGAAGAUGAAUUAUGUGACAAACCUCUCGAAGGAGAGAAAGAAAAUGAAUUAUGUGACAAAUCUCUCGAAGGAGAGAGAAAAGAACAUUAAUUAUGUGACAAACCUCUCGAAGGAGAGAAAGAAUAUGAAUUAUGUGACAAAUCUCUCGAAGGAGAGAGAAAAGAUGAAUUAUGUGACAAACCUCUCAAAGGAGACAGAAAAGAAGAUGAAUUAUGUGACAAACCUCUCGAAGGAGAGAGAAAAGAAGAUGAAUUAUGUGACAAACCUCUCGAAGGAGACAGAAAAGAAGAUGAAUUAUGUGACAAACCUCUCGAAGGAGAGAGAAAAGAUGAAUUAUGUGACAAACCUCUCAAAGGAGACAGAAAAGAAGAUGAAUUAUAUGACAAACCUCUUGAAGGAGAGAGAAAAGAUGAUGAAUUAUGUGACAAACCUCUCGAAGGAGAGAGAAAAGAAGAUGAAUUAUGUGACAAACCUCUCGAAGGAGAGAGAAAAGAAGAUGAAUUUAUGA